UUUUUGAUCACACAGACACACAGUACUGACCAAGAGGAACGUGGGCCACGAGAUCUCGAACACACCAACACGUGUAGUAUUUUUACUACUGUACUUGGAAAUAUUUAGAGACAAAUAGAAGUGGAGAUUCUUCUGUUUUUGAACAUGGCUCGCUGGAUGAUAUUGUGUCUUUUCUCUGUUAUCAUUUUGGUUAUCGUGCGUGCAUCCUUGGUAUCUGCUGACGGUCAGUGUAUAAAGGGAAAGUAUCACAAACCUAAGCCCUCUCCAGCAAACAAGCCAUUCAAAGCUUGUUACCAGUACCGCACCACUAAUUCUUGUUGCAAGUCUGAGUUCACUGUUGAGUUGGCGGCUACAAGGACAGAGAAGCUUUACAAUCACACGUGGGACAUAUGUAAACCUCUCAGUGCUAAGUGUCUGGAAUUCUGGAUGCAUCAGGAAUGUUUUUAUCAGUGUUCUCCUUACUUGUAUAAAUGGGCGCAUCCAAAAGUACAAGAUGGAGUUCAUGGUAAGAAUAUAAACUGUGAUUCUCGUGUGCAAUAUUUUACAAAAUUAGAUAUUCCAACUGUUCCAUCAGUCCAUCUUAUCCAUAUAUACAUCUAUACAUGCAUCCAUCGACCCAUCCAUAUUAUACACUUAUUUCAAUAA